AAGUCUAUCUAAUUUCUUAAUUAGUAGAACAUAUGAGCAAUAAUCUCCUAUAAAUUCUAAGAGUAGUUGAUACAAAAGUAAAAAAACUCCAAAGGGUAGUAUCUAAAGGUUUUGCUAAGGUUGAUAAUUAUUAAUUACCCGUGAUGGGAAUGGCUGGUUUCGUGGUAGCUCUGAUGAUUAUGAUUGUGGUGAUAAUCUCUCCUUGUGUCUAUGGAGAAGGGAGCUCUGAUCACCAAGAAAUCGAUGUACAAAAACUUUUGAAACGGUUCAACAAGCGUGCUCUUAAAUCUAUUAAGAGUGAAGAUGGAGAUAUAAUAGACUGUGUUCUAUUAACUAGUCAACCAGCAUUUGAUCAUCCUCUGCUUAAGAACCACACCAUCCAGAUGAGACCGAGUUUUAUCCCAAAAAGUGGUUCUAAGUACAUCAAGAAAAAGGCAAAGGCUAUCACUCAGAUUUGGCACAAGAAUGGAAAGUGUCCGGGAAACACUGUUCCUGUCAGAAGAACAAAGAAAGAAGAUAUCUUACGAGCACAAGCGGCUGUGAGUUUCCGGAAAAAAACUCAUCAAAGCAUCCCUGAAUAUAAAGAUCCAAGUCUAGGCCAUGAGUAUGCGAUCAUGAAUUCUAGGGACGGAAAGUUCUUCGGGACAGGAUUUACAAUAAAUGUAUGGAAUCCAAAUGUCCAAGAGUUCAGAGAGUUCAGCUUGGCUCAGACUUGGCUUGUGUCUGGAGAAGGUCCUAAUCUUAACAGCAUUGAAGCUGGUUGGCAGGUUUCUCAACAAAUAUAUGGUGAUAGUAAUACUAGAUUAUUCGUUUUCUGGACGAACAAUGGAUACCAAGGACAUCUAUGCUACAAUCUAGAUUGUCCAGAUCAUGGUUUUGUUCAGACAAGCAAUACUUUCACUGUAGGUGGAUCCUUGAAUCCCGUGUCACAAUACGACGGAGAUCAAAAGGAGCUCUCCAUGCUUAUAUGGAAGGACGGUGAUAACUGGUGGCUAAAGAUCGGCGAAGAGCCUGUUGGCUACUGGCCUAGCAAUUUGUUCACUUCUCUAGGAGGUGGAGCCACCAAAGUUCAGUGGGGCGGUGAAAUCGUAAACAAAAUGACUAAUGGAAAACACACGACAACGGGAAUGAGAAGUGGGCAUUUUGCAGACGAAGAAUUUAAGAAAGCGAGCUAUUUCAAGAAUAUUAUGAUAGUUGAUGAAGCCAAUACUCUGAGAGAACCACAAGGAAUUUUCCCCUUUGCUUCUAAUGAUAAAUGUUACAGCAUUAAGGUAGGAGCUAGUGGAACUUCUUGGGGGAGUCAUUUCUUUUACGGUGGUCCUGGUCAGAACGAGAACUGCCCUUGAUCUAGAUAUGUGUCUCUAAGCUUUGAGGAUUUCAUUUACAUGUCUGUAAUUUGAAUAAGAAUAUGCUAUAGUCAUCAUUUAAGAAAAAAAAAGCUAGAAUUAAUUGUCUUUGAUAUAAUAUGUGUGUAAAAGCUCUUCAGAUUUCACAUAUAUGUAAUGAAUAUGUAUGUUUGAUAAUUCUUUAUAAAUUAAUGAUAAUUAGAUUGUUUGAAUUUA